AGUGGCAAAUCAGCCCCUCUCUUAACCCUUCCGUUAACAUUUAACAGUUUGCUCAUCAGCUCUUCCUCUGUGUCUGACGUGACCUUCUUUUUGCUGAGAUGGAUGCUGAGGUGGAGGCACAGCUUGACAAAUACCUCAAAAUCUGCAGAUUACAAAUCUGGUGAUACAGGUAAACCUAGAGGAGGAGGAGAUGGUGGUGUUGGAAAAGAUUUUGAUGGCUGAACGAGUUGGAAGACGAGUUAACUCAGCAGUUGCAGAGUCUAACUUGUUCGAGAUGGAGUGCGUCCACGUUGGGAAUUUAGUGGGUUGCUUGAGGCCGAUGCUUCAUGAUCUGGUCGCCUACAUCUCCGCUGCUUCUCCGCCCUUAUACGACCGGCCAAUCGUCCGCAUAGUCAUUGAAGUCUCCAAAAACCUUGAGCGGGCACUGACCCUGGUCUGGAAGUGCAAGCGAUGCACCCUCUUUCGCCGGUUUGUCACCGGCAAGCACGCAACCGAUUUUCCCAGAAUCUUUGCACUUUUGGAUUCUUCAAUUGCCGAUAUGAACUAGUUGCUAAGCCUCUUCGACCCAAACAUCGGCUGCACCUCUAGGGAACCUGACCUACCCGUGCCUCCAAUCGCAAUCAAAGAUCUGGUUAUUU